AUGUUAUCUCUGCUCAGCGUGUUGGCAGGGAUCGUGCUGCUCACAUAUCUAUAUGUUCGUUUCAAUGACCAAGGAUUGUCCCACCUUCCGUCGGAGGUCACAGCGUUCGCACCCAACCGGUUCACACCGCACGUCGUCCGUGGAACUGCUGAAAAGCUUAGCAACUCCCCGAAAAUUGUAAAGGAUAUACUCCCAGCAAAGACCGGACGUCGGUAUAUCGUAGUUGGUGCUGGUUUUUUGGGCGGCUGGAUUAUUAUCCAACUUCUGCAACGUGGCGAAGACCCAAAGAACAUUAGAAUCAUCGACAUCCGCCGUCCAACUCGUUCAGAUCUGUGCACCGGCUUGGCCACACAGGUUGCUUUCUUCCAAGCAGAUAUAUCUAACGCGAAGGCUGUGGAUGAUGCGUUCCAAGCGCCAUGGCCAGAUUCUGACUCCUUAGAGACGGCACCAGAGGUCACAGUCUUUCACACUGCCGCCAACAUACGCUUUUAUGAGCGUCAUCUCGCACUAUUUCCGCGUUCUUCCAAAGUCAACCAUGAAGGGACUCAAAAUGUUAUCAACGCAGCACGAUCCAUAGGUGUCACGGUCUUGGUGUAUACCUCAUCUGGAUCUAUCUCUGUCCGCAGAUCUCGCUUUUGGCUAUGGCCUUGGGAGAAGCAUCCCAAGUACUUUGCACAAGUAAUCAAUGACGAUAACCUCAUUCCCAAAUACCACCACCAUUUUUUCUCAAACUACGCUGCGUCCAAGGUCCUUGGAGAGAGAGCGGUGAGAGCUGCUGAUGGAUCUCGAUCUGGAGAGAGGAUCCUGCGGACGGGGUGUAUUCGCCCUGGAAAUGGCGUGUUUGGCCCCGGUGGAGAUCAAAUAUGUGGCGCCUACCUAAUACGCAGGUACAACUACACCUGGGUUUCUAAUAUCAUGCAAUCUUUUGUGUACGUGGAAAACUGCGCCCUGGCCCACCUCUGCUAUGAAGCACGUCUCCUUGAAACUGCAAGAGGAGGAUCCAACCCUGACCUCGGUGGACAGGCAUUUACUAUCACGGAUACUGGUCCACCAGUCACAUAUGGCGAUCUCUGCGUAGCACUGACGACACUGGUUCCUGAAACUACGUUCGCAGAGAUGUCACCUACCGUUAUGCUUUUCAUAUCGCAUAUCAUAGAAGCCCUUUACCUCUCGCGCACGUUCCUGUCAACAUCUUCAUCGCCUGUGCGACGUGCGCUCACACAUUUUAUACCCAACAUCGUCGGAGAUACCAUCAAUCUACAACCAUCUUUGUUUGCGCUCGCAUGUGUACACCUCAUUUUCGACGAUUCCAGAGCUCGAUUGCCGCCUGAAAAGGGUGGAUUGGGUUAUCAUGGCCCGUUCACGACUCUAGAGGGGUUUUGCAGGACAGCGGAGGAGCACAUCAAAGCUGGCGAAAAUGGGGAAGAGAGAACGAACUCCGGUGGUAUUAGCCUAGAUUUUUUCGGACUGAAGAAGGCUCGGAAGGAGACGACUCAGAUGAGCAAGAUGGAGAAGAGGGUCAGUGAUCGGUUACAUGUAGAGGCUGUUGAUGUGCUGGGGUGA